UUUUUUCCACUCUCUGGAUGGUGUGCGAUUCUAUAAAGCAGCUUCCAAGUUGCCGAACAUCUUCAGUGUCCACUUGACUAAGCUGAAGAGAGGCUGCGCUUUGGAAGGUGCAUCCAUCAUUGUAAGUCUGUGAUAAACAAGGUGAAAGAGUCACGAAAAUGAAGCGAGUUGCGGUGUUGUGCUGUGCUGUGGUUUUAAUUGUGUUACUGGUGCAAAGUGAAGCUGUGCCGGCGUAUCAAGUUUUGCCACCACGAGAAGGAUUCGUUCCUGUGUACAUUCGCUAUGGCGAAACGCCACUGGAUGAAAUUAAUCCCGGUCUGGCAGAUGCUUUUCAUGAAUAUGGAAUCAGCGCCCGAAAGAUCAAAUCCGCAUUGGAUGAUGAAAUGAUGGGCGAUCAGCCGGUGCAGGAUAAUACAAGUGAGGAGUCUAAUGACACAUCUGAAGAGCACGCUAAAGCUUCUACCGCAUCGCCACCAGCUGGAGGAGAAGUUGUGGACGAGGUUAAGCCCGAGACUGUACAGAAUACAUUGGAUGACCUGACUAACAAGGUUUAGCUGAAGAGACACAGAGUUGUGCGAUGCAGGGAACUAACUAGGAGAGUUUACAGAAUAUGUGUAAUUGAAUCUCACACAAAGAGAUUAACUUCACAACUGUAGUUUAAUUGAAUUUUUUAAUUAUAAACUAGUGAACAAAAUACUUUCUAAUA